AUGGAUGUCGUUUCUCCACCCUCAGUUCCUAAGACCGGCUUGCUGCACAAACGCAGGCGUAUCGAGGUAAAGCCCAGUAGUGCACCGAAAGGUGGUACCUCUGUCCACAGACCUUCCGCAACUCCCGCCCCUGGUGCACGUUCCAUAAAGCGCCUGCGUUCUGGUGCAUCAACCAGCCGCGCUGCUAGCGAACCUGCUACGAGGGUGUUUGCAUUGUGGAAGCAGGAUGGACACUAUUACUCCGGAGUCGUUCAUUCCGCGCUCCCUCGACGGGGCAGCACGAAGUACUUGGUCAAGUUUGAUGACGGGACAGAGGAUGAGGUCGAGCUCAAGAACAUGCGAUGUUGCGAGCUCAACGUGGGGGACAAUGUCAUCGUGUCGAAUGGUGCUCGAGGGAAAGUUUCGGAUGUUCGCGAGUUGGAAUCGCGUGGUACCUUCCUGGUCAUCGUCGAUGACGGGAAAAAGACCAUGACAUCCGAGGUGGAGCUUGCAGACAUCCGAAUCGCGAAUCGUGCCCUUCAGAACCAGUGGAAGAACCGCAUUUUGAAUCCAGCGGCCAUUGUUACUGUUGUCAAGCCAAGGUUAUUAACUGACACUGCAACGCCAUCCCACCAAUCGCUUGCAAGCCUCUCUGGAAGGCCGCAGCGAGAACUUGCCAAGACGGGAUUCGUUGUUACGUUGAGCCCGAAGAAUUCUAACCCCGAGCAAACUAAAAAGAGCACGAUAAGUGCUAUCGAGCAGCAUGGCGGGGAACUCAUUGACGAUUGGUCGAGUGUAUUCACGAUGGAGGGGAGACAUAGUCAAUCCAAUAAGCGUUGGACAGUGUCCCCAGAUGAUUUCCAUUUCAAGGAGGGCGUCGCUCUGGACAGAGUUUUCUUGUUGGCCGAUGACGCCAACCAAAAGCCAAAGUUUCUGAUCGCACUUGCUCUUGGUAUUCCGUGUCUCUCCUUCGAGUGGCUCACUAAAGUCACCAAGUUUUCGGAGGACUGGCAACCUUUUUUGCUCUCAGCUGGCUAUUCCGACGCUCUUGGUGCCCGAGUCUCACAGCUUGUAGACCUUGACUGGGGUAACUGUUCAGAGUAUCUGCAGGACAUACUGUCAAACAGAGUGUCGCCCAAAUUGUUUUCUGACAGAAAGUUCCUUUGUAUUGGUGCUGAUUUUGUACCUCCAUAUCGGGGCAGGAAGAACGCCUCAAAUCUGGGACGUGUCAGGGAAGCUACCCGUGCUGUUCCUUGGAUCAUUUUGUGCAUGGGAGCGUCCAAGGUCGAGGCAAUAACUGACAUUAAACAAGUGUCUUCUAAGGAGUUGCGAUCCUUCGACUACGUCAUCGUUAAAGACACUGCGGAUGUUGAGGAUCUAGGAGCAGUUACAGUUGCAACUGUAACUUGGGUUAAGGAGUGUCUGAUCUCUUCACGGGUGGUCCCCACAAACUGGACACAGGCCUGA